AUGCUGGCUCGCUCACACUGGAUCGCUGGUCUCCGGCGGGCGGCGAGACUCCGCGACAGCCACAUAAGGACUCUGAGAACGCGACCAGACGUGGUGGUCAAACGCAGUUCUGCACAGCCAAACUCGGCGCACCCCGUGGAGCCCCCAAGAGCCCGGUCGAAGUUCCAAAGGGCUAAUACGACAGAUAUCCAGAAUGCCAGUAUUAGCAAGCCGCCAGCACAGAUAGAACGGGAGAUGAAGCACCAGUUUGAAAAAGAUGAUUUGGACUACGAUCCGGAGUUCGUCCAGGAGCUGAUCCAGCAGUCCCAGAAGGAAGAGAAAAUGUACAAAGAUAUUCUGCAAGAUCCGGAGAAGGCUAAGGAGUACACUGCCAAAGAGAUGCAGGCAUUUGUUGAGUGGCUGGUCAGAGACUGUGAGGAGUUUCUGGCCAACCAGGACGUCGAUACGGAGCAGCGAGACAAGGAGCUGGAGCAGACUGUUGAUCACAUGAUCAAUAGCGAUCCGACGCCCGAAAACAUGGCAGGCGCCUUUAGUGGCAUGGAGAAAAUUGCACAGGGACUCAAGAGCCCUGGAAUUGAAAAGCUAGUGCAUUUUUUGAGCAUGAUUUGCAGAAAGGGCAAUGAAGAACUGAGAAAGUAUAUUCCGCUGGAUAGUUUGCUCAGAAUAUUCAAUAUCUCGACGCAGAUCAGAGACCUAGAGAUACGCGCAAAAUGUAUCCACAUGACUGGAAACCUGAUAUAUUCCGCCACAGACGCGCGAGCAGACCCCAUAAACGAAAUGUUCUACAUCGAAUCGCUCAUGAAAUUCCACAAGGGCCAGACGGCAGAGAGACUCUACAAUAGCCGUCGGGGGAAGCCCGAUGUGGCUGGUCAGCGGUUUUGGAACGAGCUGGGAGUCCGUGUUUACUUGGGAAAUCGGAAGAUUGACGAUGCAGAAGCCCUUGCUGCCGAGACAAAGCAGCAGUUCCAUUACCUGCAUCCAACAAUUUGUCUUGCCUUUGCAGACUGGUACAUGGCCAAGGAACGGUUCGAAGAUGCCUUCCGGUGGUGGGGCGAGCUGCGAGCGGUGAUGAACAGUCAAGGUUUGAUCGAGUCGCUACCACAGCCCGAGACACAGGUCCUGGACGACGAGCAGCUCGUGUACGGCUACCACAACCGCGAAGACCCCGUGACGUUUGAUCACGUGACCGAACUUGCGAUCGGGUUUCUGCAGUGGAAGCGGUACGACGAGGCGAUGGAGAUUUUGGAGGUGACGACGCGGCGCGACAAGCAGUUCCUGUUUUAUUUCAUGGACAAGUUUCGCACGAGCAUGAGUUUCCCUCAGCGCGAGAUGUUGCGGCAUGUUUUGCAAUCUUCAAGCUACCAUCCGUCGAUGUCGAAAUUCAUGCUGAGUGAGCUUGCGAGCGCGAACCAGACAAGAUCGUUGGAGCAGGCGGAGAUCUUGGACGGCAUUGUCGUCUCUCUGCGUGAGAUACUGGACCUAAAAAUCAUUUCGCCCAAAGAGCGCAUUGUUGCUUCCUCUAUAAUAGAUUCCAUAAAGGGUGGACAGUGUCUGACCACCAUGGAGUGUCGGGAGCUGUUCAAGAUGCUUUUGCGCAUAAAGUCAAAGAGAACGUACAUUCUGGUGACACAGGUGCUUAAUGAGAUGAACGAGACGUUUGAGCGGAUGUCUAGCUCCGACAAGCUCCAGAUAUUUCCGCCGGUGUCGUCACAUUUUUACCUGUUGCUGGUGCAACUAUUUGGCCGGCAAAAAAAGCCGGAUCUCGCGAAAAUUGAGGCCAUUGUGAGGCUGAUGGAGUCUAAGGGCAUUGGCAUGGUGACUCUUAUGGCGAACCAGCUGAUUCUCACUUACAAAAAGGCAGGCCGGCCGGAUCGUGCGAUCGAGUUUGCGCAACACUACAUGAACACCAACGAGAAUUUCCAGCUCACCAACGAUUUCUGCAAAAUAACGUUUUCCGUGUACAGAUACGUCCAGAUGAAGUCUGCCGCGCACAAGCUUGCAUACAAGAGACGUUUGCAGGAGUUACAGGAUAUAUUCAGAAGAAUAUGCCGUACUCCGGGUUUCGAUGUGAGUCCAGAGCUGCUGAACGAGCUGACCUUGACUUUUUUGAAGUAUGGCGACUACGUUUCGGCAAUUUGUGCACUGCAGCUGUACGGAAUGGUGUGCAAUAAAAAUUUGGAGAAGACGACUCUUUUGCUGGUGAACGAUUACCUGGAAAAAUCGUUUGCCAAGAUGAAAUCCAAGCUCACAGAAUACGAGAACGACCAAAUGCUAGCGAGGAUCUCACAACUACGCGAGACAAUUGGGUUCAAAUCGCUACAGAAGUUAUCGGACAAUCCGCUCGAUCUCAAUUGGAGAGACGCCGCGUCGUACAUUAUCCGAUACUUGAACGUGUUCGAUUUCAAUCCCAAUCCCUUUUCACUGAAAAAUCACGACGGACACUUUACUUCAACGCAGGAAAAUGAAGAUGCCAAGAGCCGGUUUGAGGCCCUGCUGCUCAAAUCGCAGGAAGAUUACCAGCUGCCAAAAGUCUAUUUAUCGGAUAUUGUACAAUUAUAG